AUGGCGACCCCGACGCCCAUGAAGCAUGCGCCCUCGCAGCAGGGUAGAACUCCUGGCGCAUCGGCGCAGCAGUACGGCGCGGUCGGCACGCCCCCGGUAUCGACGCCAUUCUCCAUGACCCAGGGCCCGCACAGCGCCGCCUUCUCGCCGCAUGGGCCCAAGUCGUCGCCGUCGCACUUUAAGAGGUCGCCGGCGAACACGAACACUCUGAUGGGACACACAGGCGUUGGCGGCGCGCCCGUCAACUUCGACUCGCCCAGCGCCGCCGCAGCCCUUGGAGCUCUGGGCAUCGGCGGAGGGCUCGACCUGGGUCUGGAUAACAUCGGCGCGGGCGGCCUUGGGGAUUUGGGCAGGACAGAGGAUGACGACCGGCUUAAGAAGCUACAGGAGAUACUCACAAUGCUCAGUAAGCACAAAGGCCGGGUCAGCGAGGCUGGCCUAGAGCGGCUGGCUAAGAGCAUUGGGCUCGAGACAUUGUGGGAGGACGCCACCGGCGGCAACUCGCUGACAAGGACACUCGUCAUUGCUGGGUCGGCCCUGGCACUCGAGAUUGUCAUAACAAACAACAUCGUUGACCAGGUCGCACUGGCCUUCCCGGGCCUGAAUGAGACCGUCACCAAACAUGAGGAGCGGGCAUCGCGGGUGCUGUACGACGACCUAAAGCUUGAGCCAAGGCAGAGCCCGCUGUGCAAGAUGCUGGACAAGUUCGCUGCGAAUCUGGAGAGGCUGGCGAUGCUGGAUAAGUUGAGCAUGAUACCGGGAUUCAGCUGCCAGGAGGCCCUUGCUGGAAUGCACGAGAGCCUGAACCGCCUCUACGAAUGGGACCUGGAGAGGUUGCGCGCAGAUCCGGCCCUGGAGGGACGCAGCGAGCACUUCAAGGAGCUGACGGCCAUCUGCACGAGGAACGGCCAUCCGGGGAUGCAUAUCCAGGGCCGGGUUGGCCUGACGCUGGAGUACUGGAAGGAGAAGCAUCUGGCGCCGGGGACGGCCACUGACCCGGAGGAGGCCAAGCAAAUGCAAGACUACAUCGACAGGACCGAACGCACCUGGGGUUUAUGGGUUGGUUGCAGCGCGAUGAACGUUAUGGGAUAUCCGCCCGCACGCGUCUCCACCGAGUGGUUGUCGCCGGCUGUUGAGAAGCAAGGGGCGACGGCGGAAGAGUUGGUCCUUGGAAACGGCCCCAUAUUAGACUGGCAACAGCCGGCAAACACGAUUCUUCCUCCAGAUGCUGAAGACAAGACAGUCGAUCAGAUGGCAGUUGACGGCAUGGAUUUUCAGAGGCUACCUAACGUUAUGUUCACAGUAGACUUUGACCCACCUGUCGUCAUGUCCCUUAUCGACUCGGACCACAUCUACGCAAUCGCACAGUCACAACCCAUAUACAGCGAGUUGAGAACUUUUGAUAGCCUCCUGUUUCCCGAGCCCCUGGGUCUCAAUCCGACGGAAACUAGGACGAUUACGAGGGUGCGGGAGAUCGAGUUAUACCCCAGGGACAAGGCGGCUCACGGUGACGGGCUGCCAGUGGCGAGGCACAAGAACUCACUUUUUAUCUACAAGCCCGUCUACGGUCGUCUGCUUACUUCGCUACCCUUCUCGCACCCCAGCCAGCUGAUCGACAUGCUGCCGCUCCUGCGGCAAUAUGCAUUACUAACAACGUUGCUUGACAAGAGUUUUGGACCCCGCGACCCGUCUUCCCAAGCACGGGGCGGCAUCGCUGCCAGUAACACAACAAACUCUGUUGACGGGAAGACAGGGACAACCCCAGCGGUGGCAGACGUGGGGAAUGUUAUUACAAGGACAACAACAACCCGUGACGAUUACUCGAGCUUUACAAAGGACCUGCAGCACGGUCCUGGCAGUGGAUCCAAUGCUGGUGACGACAUGGGACGCAUGGACCUGGACAUGGCCCCAGAGGCACCCAGCAGCAACGGCAGGACAGGUGGCGAGGACGGCAGAAGUGGCCAGGAGGGACAGGAGGGACAGAGCCACCCCGCAGUGGCAGCCAUCGACGUCACGCUCACGGCGCACCCUGUGCCCCGGUUACAGGUCAAUUUUCCCUUCCGCGGUAUGACGGCCUCAGUCGUGUUCGACAUCAGGCUCAACGGCAUGGUGCAUAUCGUCUCAGAGAAUAUCCUGGACGGUGGCGACGGGAGCAGCGGAAAUGAAGACGACGCUGCUGGUGGUGGCGGUACCAGCAGCGGUAACGAGGGCAGGCGCAAGCGCAUGAAGCCGCAGGACCUAGGGUACGCCCUCCAGGUUUGCGAGGAUCUAGACGAGUGGUGUGAAUGGAUACGGACUAGAAAGAGGCGAGACGGGUUGACGGGACGAUGA